CUGGCACAUGCAGACCGAGGGAGGGGAGGGAAUGAACAAGGUGCACACAUGUGAGGAUCUCCUCAACUGCCAGAGCGAGGCAGGACUGGCAACGACAGAAGAAGAAGGGGAGGAGGAGGAGGAGGUCUACAGGAAUACUGCAGUGGCCAUCCAGCUUCCUUUUCUUCUGAGUUCUCACUCUCCAUCUCUCCCUGCUUCACUGCUUUCGUCCCCCACCCCCGGCCCCGUCAUCUCCAUCCAGUCUUCCCCGCUGCCAGCCACACCAUGAAGCCGCCUGCUGUUUGUUGCUAAGGGGGCAGCCGACCAGGGGAGCAGAGGGAACCAGACGAUAUACAUUUUUUUUUUGUCUUUUUUUUUUUAUCUCCAGGCCUUACUGAAAAUGGCAGAGGGGUCCAAAGAUCAAGGAGGGACUGGCCCCAUAGAACCAGAGGAAGAUUCUCCAAACAUGAUUGUCUACAGAAAGAUGGAAGACAUCGUUACACGAAUACAAGAUGAGAAAGCAGGAGGGGUUGCCAUCCGAACUGUUAAAAGCUUCCUCUCCAAGAUCCCGAGUGUGGUAUCAGGGGCGGACAUAGUUCAGUGGCUGAUGAAAAACCUUUCCAUUGAGGAUCCAGCUGAAGCCAUCCACCUCGGUAGUCUGAUUGCAGCUCAUGGCUACAUCUUUCCCAUCUCUGACCAUGUCCUGACUCUGAAGGAUGAUGGAACUCUUUACCGCUUUCAGUCUCCAUACUUUUGGCCUUCAAACUGCUGGGAACCUGAGAACACAGAUUACGCCAUUUACCUGUGCAAGCGCACCAUGCAGAAUAAAGCCAGGCUCGAGCUCGCUGACUAUGAAGCAGAGAACCUGGCUCGGCUGCAGAGGGCUUUUGCCCGGAAGUGGGAAUUCAUCUUCAUGCAAGCUGAGGCUCAAGUCAAGAUUGACAGAAAGAAAGACAAGGCAGAGAGGAAGAUCCUUGACAGCCAAGAGAGGGCGUUCUGGGACGUUCAUCGACCUGUGCCAGGCUGUGUCAACACCACCGAAAUGGACAUCCGGAAGUGUCGGAGAGAGAAGAACCCACACAGGGUGAAAAAGUCAGUCUACGGGGUGCCAGACGACGGCCAGAGCCAACCAAGUCCAGUUCAUAUCAGCUCCCAGCCGAACAGGAAGCCCACCAAAGAGGAUGUUCAGAAGGAGAUAACCUUUUUGAACAUCCAGCUGGACAGACACUGUAUGAAGGUUUCCAAAGUGGCCGACAGCCUGAUGACGUACACGGAACAGUUUGUGGAAUACGACCCCUUUGUGUCUGGUGCGGAACCCUCAAACCCCUGGAUUAGUGAAGACACCACCUUAUGGGACCUGGAGGCAAGCAGGGAUCCCAGUCAGCAGCGGGUGAAGAAGUGGGGCUUUUCCCUGGAGGAGGCUCUGAAGGACCCUGCGGGGCGUGACCAGUUCCUGAAGUUCCUGGAAUCAGAGUUCAGCUCCGAGAAUCUGCGAUUCUGGUUAGCUGUGCAGGAUCUGAAGCGAAGGCCGCUCCAGGAGGUGUCCACCAGGGCUCAGGAGAUCUGGCAGGAGUUUUUGGCCGAAGGAGCUCCAAGCUCCAUCAACCUGGACUCUCACAGCUAUGAGCGGACCAGCCAGAACCUCAAAGACCCUGGGCGAUACAGCUAUGAAGAUGCUCAGGAGCACAUAUUCAAGCUAAUGAAAAGUGACAGCUAUGCACGCUUUUUGCGAUCCAACAUCUACCAAGACCUCCUCCUGGCCAGAAAGAAACAGCCAGCAGACACAGAGCAGGGCCGUCGCACCUCCUUGGAGAAGUUCACCCGCAGCGUGGGGAAGUCUUUGACGGGGAAGCGUCUGACGGGCCUUAUGCAGUCGUCCUGACAGAGCCUGUCAGUGAGAGCUACAACCAGUCCCUGCUGGAGGGAUGACAUCCACACGGGGGCCGGGGUAGGGCUGCAAACAUGGUUCUUGGACACUGCUUCCAGGUUUGCUGGUGUCCUGCUGGUGCAUUGCUGGGCAGAAUGGGCCGAACCACCCAAACAGAACCACUGAUGAAGAGGCCGACGCCUGGAGGAGGAUUCCUAGCUAACGGAUGACGCGGCAUGUGGUGUAAACGAUAAGCACAUCCAAACUUAUGCUGCCCUAUCUUCAUCACUUAGAGGGCAAAAGGUUGUCAGGCAUGACUUGGUUUAUUGAUUUUAUUUUAAUGUUUCUUAUUUUAUAUUUGCCACAACACUUUGGGGCCAUAAAUAUUAAAUGGAGGUGUGCAUUGUACAUCUGUUCUCACAAGGCAGUCAGCAAUAAAAACAAACCCAGCUUCUUUUGAUAUUCUUUAAACUGUUUUCAUAUGUAUUGAAGUGCGUAACAUGCCGGCUGAAGGGUAAGAAAAGAUAGGUGAUUAUUAAAAAACACCCCACCCCCUCCCUAUUUUCGAAAAAAAAAAAAAGAUUUUUUAAUCUUCAUUACAUUCCAAAAUCCCACAUAAGGGCUUUAUGUAGCAACCAUACGGCACUGUUGCAUGUUCCAUCCUAAUGUCCUGGUUGAUAGUUCACGUCUAACAGCAGUGCUUUUUAACCAGACUUGUGCCAAAGGUGGGUUCGGCUCCCUGCCUUCCCAACCUGGCUUCAAGUUCCAACGUGUCCAGUGAAAUUUACCAAUUCCAAAAGUCUGUGUGAAUACCUUAGAGGCCUAAGAGCUUGACACACUAGUAUGGCUAAGUAAAGCAUUGUAAUCCAAGCUUCUAGUGUAGGAACAGAUACGGUUUUUGUAGUCACAGAAUUUUGAGUAAAAUAAGAUCUGUAUGCUUCUGGGGUUUGUUCUUUAGAGUAGGUCUAAACGUUUCCAGUGCCAUGGGUCCAUCUAGUGUUUUAUAACCAGAGGGCCAUCAAGAGGAGCUCACAGGACUCUGCCUGGCUAUAAACAUGCUAAAGGAACAAUGCAGGUGCAAAUAUUUAAUAUCACCAGAAAGUCUAUUUAUUUCAAGGCGUAUAAUUUAUUUUUUCUGAAAUGUAACAAGGUAGAAUAUUUACUGUGGGAUAUCAGACCCUCACCUGUCAAGGCUGAAUUCGCAUCUAAACACACCUACAGGCUAAUGACCUGAACAAAGACUUCUGCCUCUGCUUCAAUUAUAAACUUGACUGUCAUCUUUACUCCCUGAUUUUCCUGUAACCUCAUUUGGAAUAAGCACCAAGCUAAAAGGGUCAGGGGCAUGAUAUUCCCACUACAUGUUUGGCAUACAGUGAAUGGUUUGUAGAUUCAUCACACACUGAGGGAUUUAUGCGUCUACCCUCUGGUUAUUAGGAUACUCGCACUAAUGAUUACUGAAACACCAAAUCUGUAAAUCCCUUUAUUAUCCUACAAUGGGGAAAUUAUCUCUCUGCAUUGAACCCAUCCCCUUAGGGGGAGCAGUGGGCUGCCACUGUGCAGCGCUCGGGGAGCAGUGUGGGGUUAAGGGUCUUGCUCAAGGACCGAGAGUGGAGGCUUUGAGGAUCAAACCGGGUAGUUGCAACCUUCUGCUCUAACCACUAGGCAGUUUUACUAAGGAUAAUUUUAAUGACUGAGUUCUAAUGAGGACUUUGGGAUAUCAGGAAAUGUUGCCAUGGUGAUAGCAAUGAUAAAUACUACAAUGGUAAAAUGCUCAUAUUCGAGCGAGUGGAUUUUCUUUCUUAUUUUUAGUUCCAUCACUGUCAGACCAAUUGCAUUUUAAACAAAUUGAAACCGGUGUGAUUAUCUACGGCUGAGAUUCUGUCAAACUGGCUAAAUAUUGACUUGGCCUGUAAAAUGCGAAUUAUAAAACUGGAAAUAUAUUAGCUAACAGAAUUUUAAAACAGUCCUUUGCAGUAUUGAUAAUGCAAAUCCGAAAUCUUCGGCAUAGUGUUCAGCCCUACUUCUAAUAUAAAAAAGUUAAUCCAGGUGCUCUACAGUAUAUGCCCUCAACUCUUGGCCUGAAGUGUUUUUCAGGAAUAACUGUUAGUGCAGCCUUUGCCCCCCUUAUACAGUAGGAAUCAAGAACAACAUGUUGCUUUGGUAGUUGCUGAGGUAGUUGCUUAAUAUUUAAUAGACUCUGUGAGUUUUUUCCCCCCUAAAUCCUUAAAUGGACAUUAUGGCGACAGGAGCAUAACAUUUCCAUUCACAAAUAUCUUCCUUAAAGUUUCUUUUAUGCAACAUUUUAAUCUUAACAGAAGUAGAUACUUGAAAUAAAUUCAUCUGUGUGAGAUGAAUCUACAUAUACCUUGUGCAUUAAAGUACUGAAAUACCAACUUUUCCGUGAGAUUCUGAUUUACUGAGUUGCACUUGUAUUAAAGUGACUGAUCUCUGAUGAUUAUGCUGCACAGUCAGAUAAUAUCUUUUUAUUUUAUUGCACGUAUAUCUUUUUAUUUAUUCCCUUAAACCAAUGGCCAUUUUUAUGUUUCUCUGUUGAGUGUUUGUCAUGUGGAAAAUGGUGCAUGUUGGACCACAGGAGACGGCUAAACUGUUUAUCAAGAUGGAUUGAUGUUUAAAACUUGAGAUUGGCUGAAGAGGAAACAAUAGGAACAUUGUGGCUGCUGCCUUCUACACACAAGAAGUGCCCACCCCCGAGGCCACCGACUGCAACAGUGAAAAACCCCCAGAAUGCACCGCUGAAAGAGUCUCAUCGGUUAUUUUUUAGUGGUCAUUUGCAAUGCACUGUACAGGUCAUGAUGCUAAUUAUUCUUAUUAACCGAACUCAGUAACCUCCUAAAUGUAAGGUAGAGAGAUGCUUAAGUCGAGUCAAUGUACCAAAUGUUAUCCUCAGCACAAAACGCGGAGACACCGCGUACCAAGUGCAUUGUAAAUUUAAAAUGGUUACAUUUCAUUAUCGGAAAGCACACUUUAGUAUGAUGCGAGCACAUUACUAUGCAUGUUACAUAUUCAGGGCAUUUUGUGCUUUUAGUUUCUCAAUCAGCAAGAUAAAUCUAAAACACUCAAAGCACUUGUUAUCUGUUCACGGGUACCAAAUAAUAAAACCUCUGGACCUGUUUGCUCUUUGCUGCUGUCUGCUGUUCUGCGUCAUAAAAGAGAAAACAGUUACAAGUGUCUCUCAUUUACACACACAGACAUUUAAGGUAUAUGAAUCAAAUCACACAAGAACAAAGCAUUUCUCUGCUGUUUUAUUUUAUUGUUUGUUCUAAUGUUCAUUGUUAAAAAAAAUCAAAAUGCAAGCUUUUGGAUUAAAUUAAAGACUGUAGAUCCCUUGGUAAAACAAUUAUGAAUGUGAAAAAGCGUUAAGAGGUAUUUUUUAUUGAAUAUAACAAUAAUUGAACUUGGAGAAAUUUACCUCUUCAUUUAACCCAUCCCCUUGGGGAGC